UUUCUGUUCCUUUUUGUUCUCACUUCCUGGAAAGGAAGUUCCCGGCACUUGGCGAGAGUCCGUGAGGGUUGUUGCAGCUAUAUGUUGGGUCGAGAGUUUCAACGCCUCGCAGAGAAGUUCUAGAAAGAUUACAAAAUGUCCUUAUCAACAGCACGACCACUUAUAACAGUCUAUACUGACAAAAAUGAAGUAUCAGGUGACACUAUUUCCCUGCCUUCUAUUUUUAAAGCUCCAAUUCGACCUGAUAUUGUGAACUUUGUUCACCAACAAGUGUCCAAGAACAGUAGACAACCUUAUUGUGUCUCUAAAGAAGCUGGCCAUCAAACUUCUGCUGAGUCAUGGGGCACUGGACGUGCCGUAGCACGUAUACCUCGUGUACGUGGAGGUGGUACUCAUCGUUCUGGACAGGGUGCUUUUGGAAACAUGUGUAGAGGUGGACACAUGUAUGCGCCUACCAAAACGUGGCGUCGUUGGCACCGUUGUAUCAACAUCAAUCAGAAGCGUUAUGCCCUUGUCUCUGCCAUUGCUGCUUCUGGUGUACCUGCACUUGUUCAAUCUAAAGGACACAUGAUUCAAGAGGUUCCUGAAUUUCCUUUAGUUGUUUCUGAUAAAAUUGAGACAUACGAUAAAACGAAGCAAGCAGUAAUUUUCUUGCGACGUAUUAAGGCGUGGAAUGAUGUCGAGAAGGUAUAUAAAUCCCAAAGAUUCCGCGCAGGAAAAGGUAAAAUGCGCAAUCGCCGACGUAUUCAGCGACGUGGACCACUGAUUGUCUACGGAAAGGACGAAGGAAUGUGUAAAGCAUUUCGCAACAUACCUGGUGUCAAUCUGAUGAACGUCAACAAAAUGAACCUUUUGAAAAUGGCACCUGGUGGCCAUGUUGGCCGUUUCGUUAUCUGGACGAAAUCGGCAUUCGAACAACUAGACGAUUUGUAUGGUACCUGGCGCAAGGAAUCUCAAUUUAAGAAGGAAUAUAAUCUGCCAUUUCCCAAGAUGGCCAAUACAGAUUUGUCCAGACUUCUAAAAUCUGAAGAAAUUCGUAAAGUUCUGAGAGUUCCUAGGAAGAAGGUGGUACGUAAAGUUAAAAAACUUAACCCGUUGACCAACACUCGAGCACUGUUGCGUCUUAAUCCGUACGCGGCUGUCUUGAAACGCGCUGCAAUUUUAACAUCACAAAAACAUCAGAAUGAAAAGGAUAUUCUUUUGGCGGAGAUGCGAGGCAUUGAUUUACCGAAAAGUUCACCGGUUGUAAAGACCAAGAAGCUUCAGGAAAGAAGGAAGCAACAACUUCUAGCUGCUAAAGCAGCUAAACCAAAAAAAUUGAAAUAAAUAAAUUCAUGUGUAUGAAUGUAUUUUACGGUUCGAAUAAUUUAUAUUUCCAAUUCAAUUAACUUUAUAUUAUAAAAUCUAUAAUAAAAUUUUUUCUAGUUA